GUACCACAAUGUUGGGAUUCUCGUCCUGUUCCUCCAUGACAUCAGUGACGUUCAGCUGGAGUUUACCAAGCUGAACGUCUACUUCAAGUACCGCAAUGGGGUCUACCACCGGAUCAACGACAUUAUCUCCAAUGCCGGCUGUGUCUCCUUUGGCGUCACCUGGUUCUGGUUCCGACUAUACUGGUUCCCCCUCAAGGUGCUGUACGCCACAUGCCACACAAGCCUCCAGACGGUGCCCAACAUUCCUUUCUACUUUUUCUUCAAUACUUUGCUGCUCAUCCUCACUUUGAUGAAUAUCUACUGGUUCUUG